AUGGGUGUUCCAAAUCACAGCCUUGACGCUCUCGAAGAGCAGCGCCUCGCGCUCGAAAACAACAUUCUCCAACUACAGAAAUCGCUUUACCACUGGCGAACUUGGGAGGCGGAAUACGACGGACUACGCGAAGAAAUCGGCAAUUUGGACGAUGAAGCCAGUACAGAUGAUUUUCUCAACGUCGCUUUGGAAUUUGGAGGAACUCUCGUGGACGAGAAGGAAAUGCAGGCGAUACUUGGGUCGCAAGGUGUGAUGCGGUCUCGCGGACAAGUGAUUGAUCUUCUGGGCCGACGCAUCGACUAUGUGAAGCAAAAUGUGGCGACUAUGGAGAAGAGACUCCGGAAGGCCGAGGAUGAGCUUUUUGCCUUGGACGCAAAGGAUCAACCGGUGCAGGAGGGCGCGGAGUUUCCCAUGCAAGAGAUUAUGGAGGAGCUUGACGAAGAUGGAAAUGUUGUGUCGAGCUCGAUCAAUACUCCCGGAAAUCAGGCAUCGGAAUUGUUGGAUGUGCUGAAGAAGGCUGGUGUCCAGGAUAUCCCGGAUGCUGAGGAGUCGAAGAUUGCUGUCACCCCGGCUGAGGCUACAACCGAGGAGACCGUGGGUGAGCCGAGCAGCACAACAGCUACAGGUCAAACGAACGGUUCUUCGAGUGGUCAGACUGUGCCUCUUCCGUCAAAUGACAUUUCCCGCGAAGAUCUCGACCUCAAACGCCCUGUGUCUGUGGUAACCCCCGAGGACCGCCAGCAACCGCCUGUCACUGAUGUCGAUGAAACCGCAGAGGAUGCGAGAUUGCGCCGUGAAAUGCUCCAAUACGGCAUUGACGAGGUGGGUGCAAUUGUGGCCGAGCUCGAAAUGGAUGAGUCCGGAAGUGAGGUUUCCUUCGACGAAGACUAUGAUUAUGACUACGAUGAGGAAAUAAAUGAAGACGAAUAUGGCCGCUCUCACACUGCACUUCCCAACGAUUAUCACCUACAAAUGCGAGAGCUUGAAGCCAAGCUCAACGCUCGGGGUUUGAUGAACAUGGGCAAGGAUACGCAGACAUUCCCUGAAGAAGUCCAACAGGAGAUCGAAAAUCCCACUGUGGUUGAUACCGAAGGCGACUCUACCUCGAAGGAAAAGAAGCCAAAGAAGCGGGUUGCUUUCGCCGAUGAGCUUGACAUCUCACCAGCCCCAGAACCCCAUGUCACUGCCGAGAAGAUUUCUGCCCCGCAAGAUGAGCCUAAAGUGCUCGCUGAUUCGAUUGUUGAGCGCACAAGUCGUUCUCAGGAACCGCCUCGGCCUACCCCUUCAGGCCCUAAGAAGACUUCCCGAUUCAAGAGUGCUCGCGAUGCCGCACCAGGUACUCCAAGUAGCGACUCUGUAACUUUAGGCGCUACCAUCGCGAACCCGUCAGAAGUUACAGAAGCUCGAAUCCGCAAGCAAGCAAACACUGCUCCAUCCACAGCACCUCCCACUCUAUUCCCUGCCACACCCAAAGAGCCCAAGCCUUUCUCCGCGCCCAUCACCGACAUCACCGAGAAUGAACACAAGCCCUACACGCCCAAACCUCCUCAGGAUAGAACACUGGCGGAGAAGGUUUUCGAGCGUCAGACCACACCCGGAGCUGCAAAGGCACCAGAACUGGACCACUACGACGAAGAACUCCACCAAAAGCAGAUAGCCUCUGAAUUCUUCCACAUGCAGAACCGCAUGUCUGGAAAGGGCAAUUCUCAAUCCGAGGAAGGGCAGGUUAUCCUGCCACCCGAUUCGGAGGAGCCAAUCAAGCGUGUGAGCAAGUUCAAAGCGUCGCGUAUGGCUUAG